ACAAUAAUAACAACAGUAACAACAGUAACAACAACAAUAGCAUUAAGCAGGAACAGCAGGAGCAAGAGGACGCGGCGGUUAGGAGUUCCACCGCCCAACAACGGGAAAGAACUUCUCAUCAUUCCAGCCACUUGGCACUUCCAGUGCAACAGCAGCAGGAAUCCAUUGCCGCUUCCAGUGCCGCCGUUAUGCCCUCCGAGGGCCUACAUCCGACGGCCGCCCUGCAGCUUUAUGCCGCCGCCGCUCAACUGGCGCCCGGCGGUGUCCGUGUCCCGCCCUGGGGUCCCUUCCUGCAAUUUGGCGUUCCCGGCGUCUUCGGACCCAAUGGUCCGUUCUUGGGGCGCCCGCGUUUCGAUGCAGCCGCUGCAGCGGCCGCUGCCGCCGGCGCUGGUCAUCCCAAUUCCGCUGCAGCCGCAGCGGCGGCCACACAAAUGGCGGCGGUUAAUGCCAGUAACGCUUUCGCCAAUCUAACGGGACUGAGCGCCGCCGCCCUGAGGAAUGUGAGCGCCGCCCAAACGACGGCCGUGGCGGCGGUGGCCAGCACCGUGGCCACCAUUCAGCACCGUCUGAUGAUCGGCAACCGGCAGAGUCUGCCGCCGGCGGGGCCGCCCAGCGAGGGAUCCAAUGAGGAUGGCGGCUUUCCCGGCGACGGUGAUGAUGAUAGCAGCGCAGCAAAACGCCGCAGGUCCCGCACCAAUUUCAACUCCUGGCAACUGGAGGAGCUGGAGCGAGCCUUCUCCGCCAGCCAUUAUCCGGAUAUCUUUAUGCGAGAGGCACUGGCCAUGCGGCUGGAUCUCAAGGAGUCGAGAGUUGCGGUAUGGUUCCAGAAUCGACGUGCCAAGGUCAGGAAACGUGAGCACACCAAGAAGGGACCCGGUCGCCCCGCCCACAAUGCCCAGCCCCAAACCUGCAGCGGUGAGCCCAUUCCACCCAAUGAGCUCAAGGCCAAAGAGAGAGCUCGUCGUCGAAAGAAGCUGGCCAAGGCAAUCGACCGGCAGGCAAGGAAGCUCCAGGCGAAGGGCAUCACCGUGGACCUGGAGGCCCUCAAGGCCGAGUACAUAUCACAGCACAAGGCGAAUGGCACCUUCUCCGACUCGGAUCUCGAGGACGAUGGCAUCCAGAUCGAUGUGGUUGGUGGCACGGAUAGCGAUGAUGAGCUGGACAGUGAUGCAGUGAGUCCUGCUCGGAUGGGUGCCGCAUCCUCGUCGCAGCAGAACUCUUCGAUCCAUUGUGGCAUGGAUGGAGAUGGGGAUAGUUCGCGGGCAGGAAGCUUCAUUGGUGGAGGUGGAAGCUUAGGGAGUCCCAGUUCCGUGGCACCGAAUUCGAUGCUAUCGAAUGGAGGAAUCGGUGGUGGAGGAGGCGGUGGUGUCUUUGGUAAACUGGAGCCCAUGGAUGGUAAUGAAUCGGAGGACCGGGAUCGGGAUCGGGAGCGGGACUCGCCGAAGCCAUUGCUCUUCCCCGCCAAGGCCUUUCAUCAAUUGAACCUGCAGAGCCAAAGCCAACAGCAGCAUGGUCAGCAUGGUCAGCAUGGUCAGCAUGGUCAGCAUGGACAGCAUGGUCAGAUCCUCCAGCAGCACCAGCUUCAUCAUUCCCAUUCGCAUCAUGGCAGCAAUAGCACCACCUCGGCAGCGGCGGCGGCGGCGGUGGCCAAUUUGGUGCAUCAAACUUCACCGAUUAGCAUGCGUCGCAGUAAUCCCUUCAGCAUCGAGUCCUUGCUGUUCAACAACACGUGAGGCAACCAUGGAAGGAUCUGUAUCCGUGUCCUUUAACUUCGAACCUUGUCUGCAUCAUCAUAACUUUGAUUCUCUGCGUUCCUAGAAUAUUUUGCUCAUCCUAGAGUUUUCCUUUUGAGUUUUUCCCCACCCUCCCACCAAAGGCGUUGCUUUCCCCGG